UUUCACAAAGGAUCUCCAGUGAGUCAGAGAGCGAGGCAUACUGUACUAGUUCAUCCUGCGCAACUACCAAAAGCGGCUAUAAUCUGGGGCGUAAAGCGAGUCUUUGCAUUCCCAUAAGAGCAGAAAGCUGUUGCAACAGAAGAGAAGCUGCAGGCGGUCUGAAGAGGCCUAAGAAACCUUCUGGACCACACAGACAACCAGGGGACCAGACUUGGAAAAUGUUGCGGUUAUUCUUGCUGGGUUUGAUCCUCACGGCCUCAGUCAGCCAGAAUUCAGAAGACUAUGAAGGUUCAGGAAAUGGAGAUGAUGAACCAGACGAGGAUUCAGACGACAUAACAAGUUCUGGAACGAUGGAACUCAAGAAUGAAGUGCAGUCCUCACCAGAUAAGGACGCAGGAGAUGAUGAUGGAUCCACCAUGAUAAUCAUCAUUGCAGCAGUGAGUGUUGUUGCCGUGGCUGUCCUGGCUAUCGUAGCGAUUGUUUUGUUCAGACGUCAUCUGCAAAACCGGGAACAAGGGGUGUACACUGUACCAACGGAGCAGACGCAAAAAGGAGCCGUCUAAGACCAAAGUUCAUGACUUCUUCUGGAUCUUUAUCAGGGACACCUCCACACAAACAGGGCUCCAUAAAAACACACUCCCACCUCCAGCCCACACGCCCACUAACGCCCGCAAAUCCCUUCAUUUCUUUCAGCCUGUCAUUAGCAGUGGAGGAGGCCUUUUUUCUAGCUGUCAUGAGCUUUUACGCAUGCUUUCAGAUGGAUUGGUUUUUAAAUGAAUGUACUCUUUUGUUCAAAUGCAGUGUCCUCUUGCUGUGUACUGUACGCUGUCUCCCAGAUCAGGGACAAAAAAAGCAAAAGAAGUUUUCCACACUGUUACCAUUUGUUUUUAAUAGAGACAGAGUGUUUUACUGUUUGUCUUAAACUCGCCCAACUGUAAUUCUCUAUUUGGACUGGUCUAUUUUUAAUUACUUUAUUUGUUCAAAUUCAUCAGGUGUGUUUUCUACUAACAUUUACUUUUAAUUUUGUCAAUAUUUGUAGUCCUAAGCGAGAUGGUCGAGCGAUGAAGCUUACUUCAACUCUUCUGAGCAUCUGACCAUCAUACAAACAGAAAGAAGCAGAAAGGGUCACGUCUACAGCAGUUUGUGUGAUGGCAAUUCUAAAGCUUUGUCGAAUAGCCUCAUACAAAUUCUCAGUCACUGUAAAGAGUAGUAAGAUGUAUGAGGCCGGAUUGAUAUUGAUUGGGCAGAGCUACCUUGAGUGAGAAUGGAGAGGAUGUGAUGAAGAGAGAGGGAAGAAUGAGGAUGAACGAGAGAGGGAGUGUAUAUAUAUAUAUAUAUAUAUAUAUGUGCACACACAGAAGUUCAAGUUUGGAAUCACUUGCAAGAUUAACAAUAUUAAGCAGAAGAUGUAUAUUUUUCUGAAAACACAAAUAUAUAUAUAUAUAUAUAUAUUUUUUUUUCUUUUUAUUACGCCUUCAAUUCUUUUCGGAGGACUUGCUUUUACAUUUUUCUACACCUCCAAAAAAAUCAAUUUUUUUUUGCCAAUUUUGUUGCAUUUUCAGUUUUGUAUGCUUCUAUACAUGAACUGUAAUUCUCUAUUUACAUAUUUUGGUCAUGUUAUCUGCCCUGAGAUUUGGUUUCCACAAUAUACACCUUAUUAGCAUCAGUUUGUAUACUUUUGUACUGUAAUAACAAAAUAUUAAUUCAUUCCAAACUAUUAAAAAAUCUCUCUCUCUCUCUCUCUCUCUCUCUCUCUCUCUCUCUCUCUCUCUCUCUCCCCCCACCCACUUUGGAGAGGGAAUCAGUAGCACUUCAUUCAGGUGCUUGGGCCCCUUUAUUGCAACUACACACUGAAAUUCUGAAGUGCUAUAGGCCUGCAAGGGAAGGCUUACACAUGAGCUCAGGGGGACACCGGGCACUUUUUCCACAGGGGUCACUUUUUUCUAAGAGUUCUGAGAGAAAGCUCUUAAGGUAGUAUCUGUACAUGUGUUGGGGCUGAAAUCUCUCGGUGUGCCAGGCUGAGCCCCGUGCAUGUGCAGGUGAAAGGACGAUGUGAAACAUACAGGUGCAAUGUGUUUACCCACACUUUCAGUUUCAAGAGGAGAAUCAAGAGGUGCUCUGUGAGUACGCGUCUAGAUGCUUGAGCUUGCCAGGGAAGUGCACCGGGGGUGCGUGUGCACGUGACUUUAAAGGCAUUUGUUUUAAGGCUAACCGAUGUAGACUGCAGUAUAACAAUCCUGUUAAAUCUGUUACUGAAAGUGUUCUUGCACUGUUGCCAUUUCAGAUAACUACGAAAUCAUUUCAAAAAAAGAAAGUAGCAGUUUCUUUAAUUGGAUUUGCUUUCUCUCUUUCUGAGUCCAUCUUCUUGGACAAAAUUGUGACCAUUAUUUUUAGGGCGAAGCAUUAUCUUUAAACCGUUUCUUUAGUUUACCAGUCUUGCUGUCUGCUUUGGGCCUGACUAGCCUAUUGAUUUUACUCAAUAGAAAAGAUGAAAGAUUUCUUGAAAGUGCUGAUUCUUUGUCCUCACUGAAUUGAAAAGUUACUGGGGCACCGGCUCUCCUAAAUAAGAAAAUAAACUUAGCCAUUUUGUUACAUGCCAGCUUAUAAUAAAGCAAUUUGUUAUUGCAUUCACCGAUGCAAAAAGAAGAAAAAGAUUUUUUUUCUUUCUUUUUUUCAAUGCAGCUCUUAGAUUAAACCCAUAAAUCGUAACUAAGCUUUGUCCUCCAACACUGCAGACUCAUAUUAACCUAACGGUAAAAUAAAUAAAUAAAUCUUUCUGAGUAAAAUAAUCUUUCUAAAUAGAAUAAUUCCAUCCAGUCUGCCUUCAAGCAUGUGAGACUGACAUUUAUGGAGAUUUUAGGAGAAAUAACAUGCGCCAUCGUUUGACAGUGACAGAAUAAUGAGGGUUUUCUCACGCUUUUACACUGUUUUAGCACUUUUAUCUUUAUUUUGUUUUGUUUUUCUUUUAUCUUGUCAGUCUUGAAGACUUACCACUGGCUUUAUGGGUGUUGAGAAGGUUUAAGGUGUUGUUAUUGUUGUUAUUGAUGUUGAUGUUUGUAUACGGUGUAUAUUGUCAUUACAUAUAUUUUUUAAAAAAUGUUUAUACUGCCUUGUAUUUCAACACUUUCAUUCUCUAUAGGGGUGUACGAUACGGACGAAUAACCAGCAUUUUGAUUAGAUUGAGAUUACAUGUUAAAUACAUUGUUGGACUACACUACUGUUCAAAAGUAUAGAAUCAACAUUUUCAACAAAUAAAAUUAAUAUUGAAAAUACCUCAUUUAUGAAAAGUGAAAUGGAUAGCGUAUAGAAUUUACACUAAACCUGAAAUAUUUAAUGAAACGUAACAAUAUAAGACCUAAAUCUACAUAAU